AUGGAGCUUCAGAUACCAACCGUCACUACCGACGACCUACGCGCCUUCCAUGCGCAACACUUCCCACACGCGCCGCCGCCAGAACACAUACUCCACGGCUUCGAGCCAGAGGCAGAAGCAGCUGAAGAAUACUACGACGAAGCCGACGAUGGGCUGGGCUACUACCCCGACGGCACGAAGCGCACCCUGACUGACGAGCAAAUCGCCAUGUUUCGACACUCCGAAAUCCAUGCAAUGCUCCGCAAACGGCGAGUACGGAAGGAAAAUGGCGAAAUCUCUGACGACAACGAUGUCCCUGCAAGCCCAGCGCCGGCUGUUCCACCCACGCAAGAAGACCUCUCGCGCACAGAUGAUGUCGGCAAGGCGCAGCCUGAGGCGUCUACGGAACCGAAGAAGCAACAGUGGGCGACCAGCAGUGCUACAACAAAAGCCAAGGCCAAGAGGAAGCGAGAUCGAUACGCGAAAAGGAGGAAAGAAAGAAGGUUGGAGAGAGGCUUGCCGCGCAGACGGAGCGGCCGCGACGGCGCAGACAGCGGCGACAGUGACGAUGGAAGCGACGAAUGGGACGCCUGGCACCAAGCCAACGGGCCCGACGUGCAAAAGGACGAGACCCUCGAUCUAGACUAUUGA